CUCCUCCUAGGCAGAAACGCUUAAAGAGCGAAGGAGAUAAUACCCAGCGGGUCAAAAGCGACGAGUUAAUUCAUUACAGCUAGAGCGGAGGGGGCGGGGGGACGAGGAGGAGGAAGGACACUUCUGCAAAAGUGACCCAGAGCCGGCGCUAAAGCUGGGUCAGUGGUUGCCUCUUUUAAUCGGAGCUUUGCUGGGGUGGAUCAACCCUCGCUUUAAUUAGUUGCGUGUUGAUCCACCGAAUGGGAAGGAAAAGGGGACCUGGAGUUUGGUUUCUCAGGAAUUAACCAAUCUUGAUUGGCAGCUUCAGCAUUUCCUUUGCUUUGAAUGCCAGCAAUUCUGCAUCUGCUAUGCCUGAACCAAAGUCUGUAUGCGUUUCAGUAGAUGAAGUGGUCUCCAAUGGAACCGACACCCAAGAAGUCCACCUACUCAAUGGCCAUUUAAAAAAGGUGGACAAUGCAUUGACAGAAGCCCAUCGCUUCUCCUACCUUCCGCGGAGACCGGCUGUGAACAUUGAGUUUAAAGAACUCUCUUACUCGAUCCAAGAAGGACCAUGGUGGAGGAAGAAGGGUUUCAAGACCUUGUUGAAAGGAAUUUCAGGAAAGUUCAGCAGUGGAGAACUUGUGGCCAUUAUGGGUCCUUCUGGAGCUGGAAAGUCAACGCUCAUGAACAUCCUGGCAGGAUACAGAGAGACUGGGAUGAAAGGAGAGAUCCUCAUCAAUGGACAACCUCGUGAUCUGCGCUCUUUCCGCAAAGUCUCCUGUUACAUAAUGCAAGAUGACAUGCUACUUCCACAUCUUACUGUCCAAGAAGCCAUGAUGGUAUCUGCUCAUCUGAAACUUCAGGAAAAAGAUGAAGGCAGGAGGGAAAUGGUAAAGGAGAUCCUGACAGCUCUGGGUUUGCUGUCCUGUGCCUCUACGAGGACUGGAAGUCUUUCAGGGGGGCAGAGAAAGCGUCUCGCUAUUGCUUUGGAGCUGGUGAACAACCCGCCAGUUAUGUUUUUUGAUGAACCUACCAGCGGCCUGGACAGUGCAUCCUGCUUUCAAGUCGUCUCCUUGAUGAAGGCUUUAGCACAGGGUGGUCGGUCCAUUAUCUGCACUAUACACCAGCCCAGUGCCAAACUCUUUGAGCAAUUUGACCAGCUCUAUGUCUUGAGCCAAGGGCAGUGCAUUUACCGUGGGAAAGUGUUAAACCUAGUCCCUUACUUGAGAGAUUUGGGUUUAAAUUGUCCAACGUACCACAAUCCAGCAGAUUUUGUGAUGGAAGUUGCCUCCGGCGAGUAUGGAGACCAGAACAGUCGUCUGGUAAGGGCAGUCCGAGAGGGAAUGUGCGAUUCCGAUUUCAAGAGAAACUCUGGGGGAGAAAGUGAACUUAACCCUUUCCUAUGGCACAGACCAUCUGAAGAGGAUUCUUCAUCCACAGAAGGCUGUCACAGCUUCUCAGCCAGCUGCCUUACUCAGUUUUGCAUUCUGUUUAAAAGAACAUUUCUCACCAUAAUGAGGGAUUCGGUCCUGACGCAUCUGCGGAUCACAUCGCACAUUGGCAUUGGACUCCUUAUAGGAUUGCUGUACUUGGGGAUCGGAAACGAAGCCAAAAAAGUCCUGAGCAACUCUGGCUUCCUCUUCUUUUCCAUGUUGUUUCUCAUGUUUGCUGCUCUCAUGCCAACAGUCCUUACAUUUCCUCUAGAGAUGGGCGUAUUUCUUAGAGAACAUCUGAAUUACUGGUACAGUCUGAAGGCCUACUACCUGGCUAAAACGAUGGCUGACGUCCCUUUUCAGAUUAUGUUUCCUGUAGCAUAUUGUAGCAUUGUGUACUGGAUGACCUCACAACCCUCUGACGCGCUCCGAUUCGUCCUGUUUGCAGCACUGGGGACAAUGACAUCACUCGUGGCUCAGUCACUGGGGCUUCUGAUUGGGGCAGCAUCCACUUCACUCCAGGUGGCAACAUUUGUAGGCCCUGUUACAGCCAUCCCCGUUCUCCUCUUCUCAGGAUUUUUUGUCAGCUUUGAUACCAUUCCAGCUUACCUCCAAUGGUUGUCCUACAUCUCAUAUGUCAGAUACGGAUUUGAAGGUGUCAUUCUAUCCAUCUAUGGUUUGGAUCGGGAAGAUCUCCACUGCGACAAAGAUGAAACUUGCCAUUUUCAAAAAUCAAAGGCCAUCCUCAAAGAGCUGGAUGUAGAAAAUGCUAAACUUUAUUUAGACUUCAUCGUGCUUGGAAUUUUCUUCAUCUCCUUACGCCUCAUUGCCUACUUUGUCCUCAGAUACAAGAUUCGAGCAGAGAGGUAGAGAGGAAGCAGAUGCAACAAACAACAUUCAGUUGUAGACUGUUGUUAUUGUCUGAUUGUGGCAGACAAGUCUCCAGUGCCGAGUUGCAAGUGGGAUUGUGAUCUAGCCCAUAGAAAACCAUGUCCUGGUGGAUUAAUGGGUGCAUAGUUAACCAUGAUUGUGAACUGACUGGGUUUGGUCAUAUUUCUUUUAUGCUUUCUAGCUUUAACUAGGAAGACAAACUAGAAGGGAAUCUUGUUUCACAUUGGGAGCCAUUGCUGCUGACCACAGGAAUUUUUUCUCAUGGAAGCUGUGUUUUCUUGUAAGGUAGCUGUACUCAUGUGGCAACAAGGUAAAAAAAAUGGCUGGGGAUCUUUCUUCUAUGUCCUGCAAAAAUGUGAGGAAUAUAUUAUAUCUCAUCCUGUUGCAUCACUGCAAGUUUCCUGAAUUUUUGCACGUAUUUCCCCCACAAGAAAUCCCCCAUGAAAACAGAUAUCUGCAGAUUUGUCAAACCUUUAUCAAAUGAAUGGGUUUUUUUCUUAAAAGAAAGGAUAUAUAAGUAAUUUGAUAUCUGUUGUCUUCUUUACAUACAGAUUUCUGGAGCUUUAUUCUCAUGAGCUGGUCUCAUACUCCCAAAUCACAAUAUUAGAAUGAAAUGUCAAAUUCCACGAACUCUGUAAAAAGAAUUCUAGGGUGCAAAAAGUGCAUCUUAUCUAUAAGCUGACCACAGAUGAUUCCUUUUAGCAUUUUUCUUUCAGGAUAUUCUUUCAACCCAUGUUUCUUAUGGUAUUUGAAAUAUUCAUUGUCCACAUUUAACUACCUCCCAUGGAUGCAAAAGCUUGAAUGUUCCUGCACUGGGAAUCUGAGGCAGUCUAAGCAAAAUAGAAUCAGAUCUAAACACGUGUUUGAAUGUUCUAAAAUAUUUUAAUGACACAGAUAUUGACAGAAGGGAGAAUUGCCAAUGGUGCAAUGUCAUGACUCCUUAUAGAAUAGUAAAAGUUUUCUCUAGUGCAUAUGUAGUUCUUCCGGUUUUUGCAAGGCCAGCAUGUAUAACAAAAGUCAUCAGUUCUGUUUUUCAUGAGUUCCAACAUACAUUUCUCGCAAAACAUACUGCUAUUAUAACCCAACACAGAGGCUCGGUGGCUCUAACCCAGUAGCAGGCAGCAUGGGGACUCCCAACAGCUGAGUCAUUGUUACUUACAGGAGGGAGAGGGUGAAGGGAGAUAUGACCGAGAGGUCAGCAUGGUACAAACGCAUCAGCAGGAGUGCUGGAUUGGCUCAUCUGCUGCAUUUGCAUCAUGUCAACCUCCCCACUGCCUUGCUGUUCUCCUUCUGGUAAGCAGCAGCUCCUCAGUUGUCAGGAGGUCAAGUGGGCAUCACUGCCCCACUAUACCAUUCUCUACUGUCCUAACCCCAUUGAAAUAAAAUGGCAUAAGCUUGCUGGAUUGCUUGGUUGCUAGAUUGCAACCAAGUGGUCUAAACAGAGGCAGCCAACAUGGUGCUGUCCAAAUUCUGUUAGACUCCAUCACCCUUGACCAUUGGCUGCAACUGAUGGGAGUUGGAACCCAAUAAGUCUGGAGAGCACAACGUUGACUAUCCCAGGUCUAAACAAUAAUUAAACAAUUUUUUCCCAUCCAUUAACAUUUUGCUUUCCUUUCAGACCAAGUCAGCCUCGUAAAAUGAACGCAGGGUAAUUGGAAGGGAGUUGGCUCUGCAUUCCUGAUUUCUGCCAAGCCAAUAUGCUUCUGUACAUUGGCAGAAUUUUGUAUAGUAAUUGUGGGUUUACCCAGCAGUUUAAAGGGUGAUAUGGAAAAUUAACAGAGUAGGAAGUCAGUAAAGCACCCUAGAUCUGGAAAAGAUCCAAAUGUCAUGCCAAGUUCAGCCCAGUGCACUCAGGUUGGGAAAUUGAAUGAAUGGCAUUAUGUUGACUUUAUGAGCGAAUCAAAUAAGGCUGUUUUCAGGCCAGAAGUGGUUUUGUUUCAGCAGCUCAUUCAGCAACUAGAUAAAAUGGCCCACUCAGAGAAAUUGGAUCACAGUGAGAUUCCCUUUUGUGCGUGUAAUCUAGAAGAGCCAUUGUUCAACAGACUAUUUUAAGCACUUCAGAGAGAUCUUUGUUAAACCAAAACUGCUAGAAUAAGCCACAGCUUUUGGGUGUCUCUCCUUCUCCACAAUUUGGAAGAUUGAAGGAGAGGUAUUGGCUUCUAGAGUGAUAAAUGGCACAUUUUAAUACAAUUUAGAUUGUUUUGUGAACAGAUUUAUAUUGCUAGAGAUAAUAAGUUCUUUCCUUUUUACAUAUGGCGGGAUUCAAAUCUGCACCACUAACUUGAGACCCAAAGUGCAGGCAGGCUUCCAGGAACCCAUAAGGUCUACCUUACCCAAAAGCAACAGUAAUCUGAUGUGACAGUGUAUGCCUGUCAUUGUAAUCUGGGAGCUGUUCAAAUAACCAGACUUAUCUAGUUGAGUGUCCUCAAAUUCAUUAUUGUAAUUCAGGUUAAACAGGUUUCUGUUUUUAUAAAAGUUACAAAAACCCGUAUUAAAGGCACAACUCUUUCAACUUGAGAUCAUUAAAUCAUAAUACAAUGAGCAGGUCAUUCUGAUGUGAUGUUGUCCCAUCCCCCCACCUCCAAGUUUUAAGACGCUUCACUUUUCAGUGAAAGAAUGCAGCAAGAGAACCUUCCAAUUUGCAUGUGGUGGUAAUCCGUUGUGUUGGGUUUUAUUCUGGUGCCUCUUUUAUCAGAAAGCUGUCACAGCUUUCAGUAUAAGUCAGUGAUGGGUUUUCGAUGCAACAGUUUUGUUCGAUUGAAAUUGAGGUGAGUGUGUAAACCUUUCCCUCACGCACAAAAUUUGAUUAAAAAUGGAACAGGUGCACAACAGGAAGUUGAUGGAAGACGAAAUGAAAACUCAAGACACCUCUUUGUGUUCUUAUGUUCCACGCUGACGUUAGAAUGUUCUCCUUUACAUCAGUUCUGCACUUGGGACAACGUAUCUCCAGCUGGUGGCAGAAGAUCCCCAGCUGUCCACUUUGUCCAUGCAUCCCAUCAGACAUGAUUGACCAUAAUAAUCCAUCUUCCAUAUAUUGCCAUGAAGAGGCAAAGGGCUAAAACUGCCUAGAGCAGGUGAAUGUCACAAAAUGUCAUCUGAUUGUAGGAUAUAGCCACAAUCAGCCUUCCACAGUUUGCGAAUGAUGAAUUAGAUGUCAUGGAUUUACUUAAGAUGAAACAGAACUUGAUUGGGCAAGAAGAACUGGCUUCUUGAUGUUUUCCAUAAUAGCCUCAAAUUACUUUCCCAAUAUGUCCAUUUUGUAUUUUCAGUUUUGGGAAUUUAAAGUUGGAUUGUUUUCUUUUUGCCACCAUCAUUUAUAAUAUUCUUAUUCCUACCCAGUUGCUCCAUGGCAUACUUUCUCAUAAAUAAAUGAACAAAUCUGCCACCAUGGGACCCAGCUUGGAAAAUGAAAUUUUAACAAGGAAAUGAGUCGAUCCAUAAAUAUAUUGGACAGUUUUUGUUACCUUAAUACAGCAAGCAUGACACUAGUCAUUAUAUAUUUAAGUUUCAAUUAUUACAAUGUUAGUGGGUGCUUUAGGGAAUUUUGUUUUCUAUUGGUUUUGGGAUUGGUAUGACCUGUCACUAGCUGCUUUUAAGAGAGGCUGUGCCCCAUAAUUAUAGAGAAAUGUCAAAUUCUAUUACCGGUGGCUUAUGAUAAUCAUUAUAGCUCCUUUUCAGUGUGAUGAAUUAUAUAACACAGCCCAUGCCAACCUUGUGUCCUCUGGCUGUUGUUGGACUACAACUCCCAUGAUGACCAGCCAGCAUAGCAGGUGGAUGAAGGCUGGUUAUUUACUCUGUGAAUCAUGCACUAAAAAAACAUGUUCCUGGCUUAGUAUCUAGCAGAUUUGAAUAAUUACACUUGCAUUGGUGCAUUCCAUUACAAAACUAAAACAUGAGAAAAAAAUUUUUUUUUUUGCAAGGAAUGAAAAAAAAACUGUGAAAGAAUUGCACCUGUGGCCUAUUGUUUCUUUUCAAUCAUUUAUGUCUUCAUAGCUACAGCAGUUAUCUUCUGCUUCUGCGGCUGGAGAUAAUUCCACAGGAGUUACAAUUGUGCAUGCUGUUGUUCUUGGUUGUGGAAGCGCUUGGCAAUGGCAAUGUUUGCUACAGCAUGUGAGCCAUCUGUUGUUAUAGCAAUGACUGAGACACCUGACCUCAAAGCAAUCGUGGAAUGUUCAUAACACCUCUGGUAUUCCAACUAGGUACUGAAUCCUGCCCAAAUGACGUUUUUUCCAUUUAAAAAGGACACUCAAGUGGGUCUUAAAACGGCAAAGGAAAUGUUGCAUUUGAAAUGACAUUUGUGUAAAAGUUAAAAAGGGAAACUGCGCAGUUCCUAUCAAUUUAUUCCAACACCUGGGUCUCCUUUCUUGCUUUCUCAGAAGCUCAUUUCACAUAUUUCACGAAUGCAUGGGGUGGGGGGACGACUCAGGAUUGUGCCCACUGUUCCCCCUCCUGUGUGCAAAUAGGCCCUAUGUGCUUGCAGAUUGCAUGCGUAUGGACUAUGCACAGUCAGGAGCCCAGCAAAAGACAGGGUCCCAUAUCACUCAUGCACCUGGCAUGUGCAUAGACUUGGCUCAGGCGCUCAGCUGAACAUACAAGCAUUGGGGUCAGCAACAAUAGCCACAAUCUUCCUCCUCUUCCUUCUCUCUCUACACAUUCAACACACCUGCAGUUUUCUUGUGAAAAGGGCUCGAGGUGUUUGCUUUUCAAAAAAAUGAAAUCAAUGGCAGUUUUAUAGGUCGAUAUAUUCAUUUAGGCCUCUAGUUCUUAGCAUUGACAUGAAGUCUAAUCCCAGUUACUCAAGAAUAAGUACCAUUGAAUUCAAUAGGACUUACUUCUGAGUAGACAGGAUUAGGCUUGUGCUUGCACUGUAAGUGUAUUUUCCAGAGGAUUAUCUUUCCUUUUAUUUAUGUGAUCUGUUAGAAACCUGGAAGUACUAAAUAGUCUGUGGAGCUCCGUCUCUUCCUCAGGUUUUGCCGAAAUUUUACUAGCCUGAUAGUCCAAAAAGAAUCCAGCGAUAUUUGUCCUUGUAGCUUUAAACGAAACAUUGAAUUGUUCUUUUUUUUAAUGAUCAUGAGGCAUCUUUCUUUUUUAAAAAAUGAUUUUCUGUAUGUGAGUUGUAGGGUAUGGUAUUGCUGACGGUGGAUUUGAACUAUUUGUACAAUUCUGGCUCCCGGAUGCAGCGAGCUGUUGCCCUUAAACCUUAUUUAGUUAUUUAAGAUACUUAAUGUGUGUAUGUAUGUGGGUGGGGUUUUUUUAAAAAGAAAAAUAAUAAAUAAAAACAAAACGCAAGAGUCAAUGCAAGUAAAAUGUCAAAAACUCAGCGUGCUGAAGUGUGCAUAUACUGUGUGAUAUCCUUCACUAAGCUGAUGCUGUCCAGAUGUUUUGAACUAUAACACCCAUCAAUCCCAUCAACAGCUGUGUUGGCUGGGGCUGAUGGGAGUUGUGGCCCCGAACCAACUAGAGGACACCAGUUUAGUCAAGGUUGCUGUCUGUCAACUAGCUCUCCUCUCUUGGAUGUGUAAUGCACCCCUGCAUUACUUUGGAUUCCUGUUGGUUUUGCUGUUUUAGAGACUAUUGCUGCUUGCACGCUGUGAUACAUUUGCACUGUUGUAGAUAUAUGUAAACAUUGUCUUCUUUCUACCCCCUGCUCCUCCUCCUCCCCCAGGUGACUUGUUCAUAUUUUGAAGUUUAGACAAUGUUAGUGAACGACAUGUACCUGAUUCAUGUACCUAAUCAAAAGAUUUAGGAUGUUGGUACAGUACUUUAAAGAUACUAACAUGGAAAGGCUUUGUAUAUUUCUGUAUAGUAAAUUCCUAGAGGAUCUUUGUAUGUGCAUUAUUUUCCAAAUUAGAGCUCUUGUUUUCUGAAAAUGGAGAACACUUAACAAUGUAACAAACAGAGAAUAAAAUAAAAGUAUUGCUAUUUUCAGAUUA